AUGGAACAUGUGAAAGUGUUUUAUGAAAAACUCCAUGCUAUCUCGCAGGCGAUUGAUUGUCUACGUCCUAAUAAGCAUAUGAAUCCUAAUGAUGUGGCUCAUCGUCAAAAAGAAAUUGAUGUCGAUCAAGUCUACGAUUUUCUUGGAGGGCUUGAUCCGCCGUAUAAUGGUGUCCGUAGCCGAAUCCUUGCUCAAAGUCCUAUUCUGUCUCCUUUGAAAGCUUAUCACAUGGUGAUGGAAGAGGACACUCGUCAAUCUGCUAUGCUCGGAGGAGUUGCUGCCCUCAAGGUGGAUUCUGCCUGCUCACGAUCCAUCGCCCACCAUGACUCGAUAGGUCACCCAUUUACCCAGUCAUCCAAUGCCUCUUCUGGGUCUCGUUCUGCUGGUUCUGCCCAUGCCAAAUUUAGUUCCCUUCAGAGACCUCGUAAGUGCAGUCAUUGUGGUGGUGAUCAUUGUUCCGAGAAGUGUUUUAAGGAGCAUGGUUACCUUGAUUUGUUUGCUGACUACCAAGCUUGUAUGUAUGGCCCCAAGGCUACUUGUACUAUAACCCAAGGAAAGACAGAUUUCCCAACUCCAUAUGCCCAUUUGUGUGCUUCUGAUACCCUUCCAAAUAUUGAUUCUAAUACUUGGAUAAUUAACACUAAUGCUUCUAAUCAUAUGACUUGUGAUGAUAAAUUGCUUGAUGAGUUGUCUAGUAAUCCUCUUAACCUCUACAUAACUAAUGCUAAUGGCUUACCCUUGCUUGUUACAGGUGAGGGUAAAAUUCACCUCACCCCUUCCUUGUCUUUGUCCCAUGCACUCCUGUGUUCUUUCCAGGAUCUCAAGACUCACGAGACAAUUGGACAUGGUAAACGGAUAGGGGGUUGUACUACUUGA